AUGUCUGUUAUUGUUAUUCUGAGAUGCGUUACAUCAUUCUCUCUGUUCGCGGCGUUGGCCGUCGCAACAACGGGGCAGAUCCCCCUCACAGCGAAGCCCACCUUCGAAGCGUCCACUCCACCCAACACCGCACCAUCUACUCUGCCAACCAUCUCUUACAGCACAACAAUCAAGCUCCCAGACUUGAACCUCAACAUCAACGCUGCGCAACUUGAGGAUCCAGAGCUGGAGAAUAUCAUCAGCUCUCUCCUACCAGCUGAGAUGCUGACGCUGCUGGUAAGCGCGACAGCACGAUCGGUCUCCCAAUCGCCAGCAGAAGCGCCAACAGUCGGACAGAUUAUUCCAGCAACAAGCACGGAACUUCCUGUAACUGUCAGUACUAGUGUAUCUAUUAGAGGAGGGGAUUGGAAGGGCGUCGUUGAAGCGACCACGACGGUUUCGAUUGCAGAGGGGAAAGCAGACUUGUGA